AUGGACACUCCACAACAAGAAGAAGACAAAAUCUCACUACCACCACAGGCGAAGUGGUGGGUCGAUGGUCAACGCAGUAGAUACAAAGGCUUCUGGUUCAAACCAGAAUUCAUCACCGCCUCAGAAGCCAUUAGAGCACACUACAAACCUCUUCCUUCAGACAUAAUCCUCGCGUCUUUCCCUAAAACCGGCACCACUUGGCUCAAAGCCCUAACUUCCUCCAUUCUCCGCCACAGCUCAACCACACACAGUGACCAUGACCAUCUGGAUCACCUCAAUCCGCACGAGGUCGUGCCCUUUUUGGAGAUCGAGGUGUUCGGAGAAAACCCAUCAAAGGAAAUAACAGAGAUCUCUUCUCCAAGAGUUUUCAACACUCAUCUUCCUCUCUCGUUUUUGCCGGAGACUGUCAAGACCUCAGGAUGCAGAGUCAUUUACAUAACUCGCCACCCAGCAGACACUUUCGUCUCUCUCUGGCAUCUCUACAACAACAAGUUUGGGACAGAGAUCUCGAUCCGAGAAGCUUUCGAUGAGUUCUGUAAAGGGCUUGUCCCGGCCGGACCGUACUUUGAACACGUCCUUGAGUUCUGGGAAGCAAGAGACCGUGUGUUGUUCGUCACUUACGAAGAUCUGAAAGCAAAACCAGAAGAAAACGUGAGGAAGAUCGCCGAGUUCUUGGGGUGUAAGACGAUGGUGGAGAAGGUCGUGAAAGAUUGUAGCUUCGAGAAUCUGAGGAAUACAAGUAAAGAGAGAGGAGAAGGAGUUCACUGGAGUGGGACUAAGUAUGAUAUGUUCUUCAGGAAAGGUGUGGUUGGAGAUUGGAAGAAUCAUCUGACACAAGAGAUGAUGAAGGAGCUUGAAGACCUUGCUGACCUGAAAUGGAGAGGAUCUGGUUUGGAUCUCAACAUUUUUAAUACUACUGCUUCACAAUAA